AAUGUGUGAUGGCGUGUAGCAAUUGAAAGCCGGAAGAAAACAAUAAAUAUACAUAUUUCUGUGCAUUUAAUAAACAUAUUGCGGAAUUGUGUGAUCUGAGAAAAACAGAAAUUCAAAAAUGAGUAAGGCACAUCCUCCUGAACUUAAAAAGUACAUGGAUAAGAGAUUAUCAUUAAAAUUAAAUGGUGGAAGGUACGUUGUUGGUAUUUUACGUGGAUUUGAUCCCUUUAUGAACAUGGUUAUAGAUGAAAGCAUAGAAGAAUGUAAAGAUGGCACAAAAAAUAACAUUGGAAUGGUGGUAAUACGUGGAAACAGUGUCAUAAUGUUAGAAGCAUUGGAUAGAAUAUGACCCCAAACAUGGAACAUAUAUAUAAAUCUAACUUGUAUUUUUAAGAGAAUGAAUAAAGA